CACACUCCCGCGCGCGCGCGCACUCACACCGGCGCCGCAAACACACAAAGGACGCGCGAGAUCCUCCGCAGCAGAGCUCGAGCUCCGGGCGGGUCGCGCGGGACUGAACCGGACCGGACCUCUCACACAGGUAAGAACAUCGCAGUGGUUGGUAAAAUGGUGAAGUUGGGGGUUAACGUGAGCGAGAAGAAGGCCGCGGGGUCGGAGGAGGGAUUCGACACCAUCCCGCUCAUGACUCCUCUGGACGCGGCACAGCUGCAGAUCCCACCGCCGGACAUGGUGGUGGUGAAGACGAAGGCGGACUACAGCGAGGAGAAGACAAAGGGGAAAUUUCACCCUAAAAUCAGCAGCUUAGACGGAGUGUCUGAACGCAUCAAGAUGGCGCUGCUGGUGGUGUGUGCAUUGGCGUUUCUGGUGUGUGUGGUGUUCCUGGUGGUAUUUAAGGUAUACCAGUACGAGCAGCCCUGCCCCGACGGAUUUACCUACACGCAGGGGCGGUGUGUGCCGGCGGGGGUGUACAGUUAUUACCCCCCUCAGGGUCCGGCGGGCCGCGGGCGUCUGUUCACCAUCAUUAAUCACUACAACGUCGCCAAGCACACCAUCACCCGCGCCGUCUCCCCCUGGCUCAGCAUCACCGCCGAGGAGCGCCGAGUCUCCCAACUACACACCAAGACCCAGCAGAACCUCGACUAAACACACACACACACACACCAUAUACACACUACACACCAAGACCCAGCAGAACCUCGACUAAACACACACACACACACACACACACACACACACACACACACACCAUAUACACACUACACACCAAGACCCAGCAGAACCUCGACUAAACACACACACACACACACACACCAUAUACACACACUACACACCAUAUACACACACACACACACACACACACCAAGACCCAGCAGAACCUCGACUAAACACACACACACACACACACACACACCAUAUACACACUACACACCAAGACCCAGCAGAACCUCGACUAAACACACACACACACACACACCAUAUACACACUACACACCAAGACCCAGCAGAACCUCGACUAAACACACACACACACACACACACACACCAUAUACACACACACACACACACACACACACACACCAUAUACACACUACACACCAAGACCCAGCAGAACCUCGACUAAACACACACACACACACACACACACACACACCAUAUACACACUACACACCAAGACCCAACAGAACCUCGACUAAACACACACACACACACACACACACACACACACACACCAUAUACACACUACACACCAAGACCCAACAGAACCUCGACUAAACACACACACACCAUAUACACACACACACACACACACACACACGUGGUGUAGGUGCAGCUUCUCUACCUGAAUGUGUUUGUUCUGCUGGUAAACUUGAAUCCCCCCCUUAAUGAUACCAGAUAUAAUUCUGAUGAAUAGUAUCAUUAUUUAUUGAUUUUCUGAUCGUUUUAGUCCUGAAUGUUGUGAUAAUAGCAUCUUAAUGUUAUUGCACUCUUUUAAAGAGGACUGAACUCCUGAUUAUUGUGGAUUUUCAGAUGUAAUAAUGUACCAUAAACAACUGCGGCUCUGUCCGUAUUUUGUUUGAUAAAUGAUUAAUGUGAUGAUUGUGAUCAGUUUAAAGGUCGUAUGUGGAGAUAUUCUGCUUUAUAGGAGUAACUUUAUCUCCUGAUUCACCAGCUAAAGAGAAAACUCAUUUAAAACAGCCUCCAAACCCCAAAACCACGCCCCUAAAGAAACCCCACCCCCGUUUUCAAAAGCCCCUCCCACUCUGUGGUGUCUGCGGUGUAGAGAAGGUGCAGAUCCGGGUCUCUCAGUCUGAAGGGAAUCCUGGGGCGGAGUUUUACUCUCCGGCUGCUGAACAUCUGGACUCCGGUUCCUGAGCAGAACCUGAGGAACACCUGGAUCAGAACCUGCUCUGGUUCUGCUGCUGUUCAGUUUGAGAAAGUAGAGCGAAAAACUGGAAAUGUUCACCAUAAUAAACUGUACAAUAAACUCUCCCUGUCCAA